CUUUCAUUCUGGGUAAUCAGAUAAAAUGACUUGGUUAAGCACAUUUUGAUUUUCAAUCGUUCUAUUUAUAGACAUGCUGCCGUGAAAUUAAGUUUCUAAAUAUUUUGCCACAGGAGAAAGUGUUCAGCCUGAACAGCACGCAGAAGACGACUUUCGCCAGACUUUCUCUCACGGCUUCCAUAAUAAUGCCUCAGUCUCACCAAGGAGUGAGUAGAGCUGAGAUCUACUCGCGUCUCGAAAUCGCAUUCAACUCGGAACGAGUCACUUGUAAAAUAUCAGCGUCCAAUAUUAUCGUCAGUGAUUAAUUCCUCGAUGUUAAUCAAGUUACGCAAAUUACAUGCAACGGAAACUUAGAGUGUCUUCUGCAGACUAAAAGUUUAUUAACCACUCCAAAAUUAGAUAGUUUCAGUUACAAAACAAGUGAAAUUGAAUUUGACUAUUCACAGACGUAUGUGCAUACUUAUGUAGAAAGUUACAUCAAAAUUUCCAAAAAAGGAACGAAAAUGAACUUGAAACCGUCGUUUGAGUGGGUGAUUAAGUGGCUGCAACUGGAAUUGAGUCUUCUAUGGUUGAUGGCAUCCUUACCCAGCUCAUUCACAAUCCUGCAAAAUAAGUAUGUCGAUUACCCGGGUGACUUUAUCCUCGGCGCUCUCUUCCCGAUCCACAGGAGGGGGUCUGGAAAUGAUGUUUGUGGUGAAAUUCAGCUCGAGGAUGGGGUUCAACUUCUUGAGGCGUUGCUAUUUACGGUCGACAAUAUUAAUAAGAACAAUGCUAUCCUUCCAGGGAUUCGCCUGGGCGUAUUAGGUCAGCAUAGAUCGGAUAUUUUGCGUACACGGACUCUAGAUACUUGUGAUUCUGGGUUCAUAGCUAUGGAGCGCAGUUUAGACUUUGUGAAAGGAUUCAUAUCUCACUACAAUGAGUACCACGAGAGGGAAUUCCAUUGUGACAAUGGCAGUCCAGCAAAGUUCAUGUCUGGACAGUUCGAUCGUGUGAUUGGCGUUAUCGGCGGCCAGAGCUCUUCAGUGUCCAUCCACGUUGCAGGCCUGCUUCGUCUCUUCAAAAUCCCGCAAAUAAGCUACAUGUCAACGUCGCCACAGCUAAGCGAUCGUGAAAGGUUCCCCUAUUUCUUCAGAACGGUUCCAAGCGACGUGAACGAGGCGGCCGCCAUCAUUGACAUCCUCAGAUACUUUAAUUGGACAUAUGUUGCUGUCGUGUAUUCUGACUCUGAGUAUGGCGUUCAUUGCUACGAAGCCUUACGAGAUUUCGCAGCUAACGACUCGAUUUGCUUUACGACGCCCCAGAGAGUUAUUCGAUAUCAGUAUCAAGACUCGGAUUAUGAUCAAAUUAUUCGUACUGUCGUUAACAAACAAAACAUUCGAGUGAUUAUAUUGAUCUUGGAAAAAGAAUUCAUGAUUCACGUAAUGAAUGCUGCCAGAAGGCUGGGAGUUGGCAGCGAGUACGUUUGGCUUGGGACGGAUGGAUGGUCGAGUCGAGAAUCUGUGGUAAUGGGGAAGGAAGACAUUUUAGAGGGAGCCAUUGCCAUUCAGCCCCUCGUGAGUCAUAUCAGAGGGUUUGAUGACUAUUUUACAGGCUUGACGCCUGAACACACCUCCCUAAAUCCGUGGUGGUCUGAAUUCUGGGGAAAGUAUUUCAAAUGUGAACUUAGUCACGAAAGCCCCACCAGGAACAAAUCGAAUAUCGGAGACGUAGAAGAAUCCGUGCAAGACCCACCGUGCAGCCCAGAUCUUCGAAUCUCUGAGCUAAACGGUUAUUCUCAACAACCAUUCAUACAUUUCGUUCGUGAUGCAGCAUACGCUUUUGCCUAUGCCUUGCACAAUAUGCACGCCGAGCUUUGCGGAGGAGUUCCAGGUGUAUGUCCUGAAAUGCAUCACAUCGAUGGACCCCAUCUCAUUGAAUACCUAAAGAACGUUACGUUCAAAGACGAAGACGACAAUCCAUUUAGAUUUCUGAACCAAGGCGAUGGGCCAACACGGUAUACAAUUGUGAACUUCCAACGAGACCCUUCCAGUCUAAACUACCAGUGGCAAAAAGUCGGAGAUUAUUCAAUGCGACCAGAAGGAAAAUUUGAGCUGAAAAUUGAAGAUGACCGGAUCCGCUAUCGUGUGAGUUCAGGGAUAAGCGAGUACCCACAGUCAACGUGUGCCAAACCUUGUUCCAUUCACCAAGUGAAAGUUCGAGAGAGAGACGACACUUGCUGUCAUAUAUGUCGAGAUUGUGGCAAAUUCCAAAUCAAACAUGACGAUUUCCACUGUGAUGAUUGUCCCCUGGGACAAUCACCUGACAGCUUGCAUUCAACGUGCAAUCCGAUUGAAGAACAAUAUAUUGACUAUUUAAAUCCACUUGCAAUGGCAGCAAUGAUAUUCUCCGGAUUUGGUAUUCUUCUGGCUCUGUUCGUGCUCAAAGUGUUUUGGAGAUACAACGACACUCCGAUUAUCAAAGCGGCAGGAAGGGAACUGUCCUACGUGCUUCUCUUUGGAAUAAUUCUUUCCUUCAGUGCAACUUUCUUUAUCGUGGCUCCUCCAAAUCAGCUCUCAUGCGGAGUCGUGAGAUUCUUCUUAGGCUUCUGUCCGACUUUGUGUUACGCUGCGAUUUUAACCAAAACCAAUAGAAUCGCCCGAAUUUUUCACAAGUCCGGGCCCUCCGAGACCAAAUUUAUAAGCCCUUCUUCGCAAAUUUGCAUUGUUGCCAUCUUAACGUCGGUGGAGGUGCUGAUCAACGCUGUGUGGAUUUGGAUUUCUCCUCCAGACUCUAUUUUCACCUUUCCAGAUCGGGGGACUAAACUCAGGAUUUGUAAAGGGUUGGAUGACUAUAGUUAUAUGAUUGGUUUUGUAUAUCCUCUCAUUCUCAUUAUUGGCUGCACAAUUUUUGCAAUUCAAACUCGGAAGUGUCCAGGAGGAUUCAAUGAGGCAAAGUAUAUUGCUUUCACAAACUAUUGCCUCUUGAUAAUUUGGCUAGCGUUCGUCCCCCUCUAUCUGACCAGCACAAGCAAUGGCAUUCGAGUAGUGACGCUGGCCAUAUCACUUUCAUUGAGUGGGCUAGUCGAGAUGGGAUGCCUGUUCUUCCCAAAAAUUUACAUUGUUCUUUUGAAACCUGAGAAAAACACAAAAGAAGUUGUGAUGGCUCCAAAUCGUAGUUCUUUUGCAACUCUAAGCAAUUCUGCGCCUGUUGCAAGCAGUAAUACUCCAAAGGUAAUUACGUCCAACGGUAAUUACGCAUCCAGCCAACAUUUAAGCCCGGAGGAAAUUCUCAUAAGCAAUGGCUCCUUCUCCGACCCGUCGUGUUAAACUAGUUAAACUAUUUCGUAUAAAAGGUACUUGGUUUUUGUUACUAAUUGAAGAGCAAUUAAUGGAUAACUUUGAUAUAAAAGUAUACAUUUCCUAAUUUCCAACAUAUGAACAAAAUAAUUUACAAACUCUAGUUACAAAAGUGAAAACUUUAUUUUUGUAAUAAUACAUACACAUUUACCACAAAAUUAUCUCGUACGAAUUUUCCAGAUUAUAUAUCGUAAACUUAUGUGACCAUCAAUAGUACAAAAUGUUAUUUAAUGCUAAUAUGCAAAUCUUGCAAGGUAAUUACACUAUAAAAGAAAGUAUUAUUAGAAAAUGUAUAUCUACAUAUUAUAAAAUUAUUUGAGCCUGUAGAGACUUCUCAUGUAUAUGUAUGACAUAUGAAAGGUAUUAUUAUUGAUUACUAUUAUAUAUUCCUUAUAUUACUGUCAUCGUAAAUAUUUGCAUAGAAUAAAAUACAGUUUUGAUUUCGA